CCCAACCCAAAUCACCUAAAUCAAUUCAUCAAUCAUUCCAAAGAGAUACUCGAUGUAUGAAAGAAAUACCCGACUGGCCUCUCUCUCCUCUCUAACACUCCAAGAUUAUGAUGUUAGCUGGCUCUUCCAUGAUGCAUUAAGGAUUUUCUCUCAGUAGCUCAAUCAUCUUCAUCUCUCUAGGCACCAGACAGCACAACUGAAGACAGCCUUGGCACAUCAUUUGCAUUUGUGAUUUCUUAUCAGCAAAGUCAUUGUAGUUCUGUAGAGUUUCCAUCUUCAUUUUUGUGGCUAUGGCAACCAACGAAAAUCUUCCACCAAAUGUAGUAAAGCAACUUGCGAAGGAGUUGAAGAAUCUUGAUGAAACCCCUCCUGAGGGCAUUAAAGUGGGAGUCAAUGAUGAUGAUUUUUCAACCAUAUAUGCUGACAUUGAAGGCCCGGCUGGGACUCCGUAUGCGAACGGUGUUUUCCGCAUGAAGUUGAUAUUGUCUCGUGACUUUCCACAGUCCCCUCCAAGAGGUUACUUCGUGACUAAGAUUUUCCACCCAAAUAUUGCAACCAAUGGUGAGAUAUGUGUCAACACAUUGAAAAAAGAUUGGAACCCGAGUCUUGGCUUGCGGCAUGUUCUGAUUGUAGUAAGGUGUUUACUGAUUGAGCCAUUCCCGGAAUCAGCUCUGAAUGAGCAGGCUGGCAAGAUGUUGCUUGAAAAUUAUGAGGAGUAUGCCAGGCAUGCCAGGCUUUACACUGGAAUUCAUGCUCUGAAACCAAAGCCAAAGUUUAAAACAGGAGCUAUUUCUGAGUCAACUGCCUUAAACGUCGACCAGACAAACACCUCAGUUCUUAGUACUGAUCAGAAAAAUGCAGUAUCCGGUGCUGUGCUGCCAUUGUCAUCCCCGUUGGCCUGUUGUACAACAGGAGUUUCCAAAGGUGGAAGUGGGCUGGUUCUUCCAGCUGUGUUGAGUUCAACUACUGAGACGGGAGGUAGUGGGUCAACAGUAAUAUUAUGGACACAGAAGAAGGAAGUUGGGUUGACAAAAGUCCAGGCAGAGAAAAAGAAAAUGGAUGCAAGAAAGAAAAGUUUGAAGAGAUUAUAAGAUUUUAGGGGAAAUGAUUGAGAGAUGGGCUUUUGUAGAAUUUGUGGCUAACUUUUGUUGUUUAUCUGAAGGAUUAAUGACAUAAAAGAGUGACGGUUAAAUUGGGGUGUCAGCUAUUGUAUGAGUUGUAUAUCAGGUGGGAACUCGAUGGAUUCAUUAUUGGAUCUUUUCUCUCGAUCACCA